UAGUUCACAACCUUUCAACUCUGUUUUGACCCUUAAUAUUCGCGUGACUGAGGCAAAUUACGCAACAUCUAAAAACCUUAAUGAGAGCAGAUGACAGAUACGAGUCUAAACGCUAGUCGUUAUGAAAUUAGAAAUGACGUUUAGUCUUUGAGUGCUGGCAUUUGAUUGAUAAAAUGAAUGGUGCAGCAAAUGGUCAGCAGUAUGUCACGGACUUGGUAUCACGUCAGAGGUCACUGACUUCCUAUUUUAAUCGCAUUGAUGUGCUACUCACAAUCAGAAGCAGAAACUGAUUACAGCAAAGAAAUCACACGGCAGCACUGGAAGCCCGUGGAGAAUGUGUCCAAGUGUUUUAAUCGAAGCUGUCGCAGGCCGUUUUCAUUGCUGGAUCGAUACCAUCAUUGUAGAAGGUGUGGUGAGAUAUUUUGUGGUGCCUGCGUCCAGUAUAAACGGAAGCUAAAUAAGCUUGCCCAUCUUGAUCCUCAGGGUCGACUUUACAAAGUAUGCAAAGCAUGCUAUGAAGAGGGUCAAAGUGAUGAAGGGGCAAGUCGUAAUAUUUCACAAGUUUUUGUGCAAAUGCGACUUCGUAGUCAGCAGAGUGGGAGAGAUAAUCAGUCCAGAAGAAAGGGACCCAGGGAUGGCGGAUGGCGCAAUCGUCUGAACAUGAACGCUGAAUGUGAACGGCUCAUUGAAGGCUUCCGUAAAAGCAUUGCCAGGUCAGAGAUGGUGCGGACUCUCCAAGAGCUUCGAAACAUGGUGUCGCUUCCUGACUGGCAAAAGUCCAGCACUUGGCUGCAAGAAAGCUUGUCAGAAACAUGUAAACUGUGCUGUGAAACAUUUGGAUUGUUGCGGAAGCGACACUUUUGCAAGGUGUGUGGCAUUGCACUUUGCAAAUCUUGCUCCACCACUGAACUCCUGUGUACAUACCGGAUGAACAGCUUCCAAAAUCAGGAGGCAGCACCUCGUCUUGCCAUCAUUCGAAUCAUUGGGUGCCCAGAAGUUGAGCCAGAGAUAAGUCUGCAUCUCAGGGUGUGCUCAGAGUGCCGAGAAUAUUUGGUGAAGCAACAAGUUGAGCGAGCAGUUCAUGAUGAAGAACCAGUAGAAGUGGACAUGCUGACAGAACUGGCUUUAUUGCAUGAAAAACUGUCUGCUGCAGAGUCCAGUGUUAAUUCCCAGCUACGAAAGUAUCAAGAAAUUGUGCAUUCACUUGAAGAUAAUUCACGCACAUCAGGCAGUAACGCACAAGGCAAUAGCUCCCAGAGUAACAUGCGGAUCCUCGCCAAGGCACAGGGGGAUCUGACAGACUUCCUGGCACAGCAUGUGCUGUUUAUCCAGCGUCUUAAGCGACUAGUCCCCAAGACUGAUGCUCAAUCAAGGUUGCUAAAAAAUUAUAUCAAGGCCAAGUGUGAUUUCUACUUGGAGAACAUGUCUAGCUUCCGGAAAAUUGAAUCAAAAUUGGGAGAGUCAUCUCCUCCUGAAAUGCUGGAAUUCAUACAGAGGGUUAUGGAUAAAAAUGCCAUUGUAAGCGCACAUUUGUAUUUGCGGCAACUUGUGUAUGAAGCAAUCAACCUAUGUGACAAAUAUGAAUUGAAGGAGAAUGCACCGCAGUUGCUUGUCUCCCUUGAGCAGAUGGUAGAAAAAGAUGUGGCAGCAUGUCUCCAGAUGGAAAGGGAAGACAUGGGUCAGCAUCUGGAACUGAUGAAGGAAAUGAUUCGCAUGCAGAUAAAGGAACACCAGCUGAUUCGCCUCUCCCGCAAUGCUCUUAGGAUGCUUGGUAAAGCACACGUACAGGAAAUCCUGAAGACACGUAUGGAUGAGGUGCUUUAUCAGAUUAGCCUGCAGUUAAAAUUAAAAUCUGCCCAUCGAAGCUUCUCACAAACAAAGAAAGCUUUGGAGCAGUUUUCUGUUCCAACUGCUGCCAGUUAAGUUUGCCUCAAAAUGACUUAAAAUUACUGAUGGUAAUCAGGUGAUAAUCAUGUUUUUUUUUAAUAUUUGCAUAUUUAGACAAAACUUUUUGAAAACAUUGGAAGAUAAAUAGCAAAGUUUGGCAGCUAAAUAAAGUUUUGGCAGAGUGGAUUCUCGGUGAUGAAAUGUUGGACUACGGUCUUUUUAAAUGCAAGAUGAGUUGUCUAUUUACAGCUGUUAGAGAUCAACCAGUAAAGUUGGAGGAAAGUAACUAUACAUAUAUUCCUGAUUUUUAGAACUGUUUGUAGAAGAAAUGUUCAGUUCAUAAUUGUAACUACUCCAGAGGUGUUCUUUAACAAUAUUCAGUAGAAAAUAUGUUAAAGGAGUCUCAAACAGCUGAUGUGAUAAUUAAAUCUUGGCAGCUUAAGCAAUUUAAAAUUUUUUAAUGAUGAUACUUGAGCACAAGUUACAGAUGAACAUUCCACAGAUUCAAACUGAUAUAAGCCAAAAGAUCACACACUGUACUUAAUUGUUUUAUUGAUCUUUUAGUUUGAUUAGUUUAUGUUUAUUUUGAUUAUUUGUUAAAGUAAAUAUGUGAUAAUAUUUGCUUUAAAUUGAUAAUCAGUUACAAAACUAAUUUGUUGUUUUAUGGGAAAACAUUUAUGAUUUGCUUUGAUGAACAAUAUUUUUUAUUGUUUAUCAUUUUAGAUAAGUCAUUUUGUAAAAGUCCAGUCUUUAAUGAUUACAGGAUCAAAAAAGAACAAACAGAAUGAGUAACUAAGUUCAAAAGAUUGAAGUUUUGAGAAUUUUAAUUUAAAAAAAAAAUGUUACUUAUGUAUACAAGCUUAAGAUUUUUUGAGCAAAGGAACAAUUAUUUCAGAUGCAGAGAGAAUGAAAUUUUAAAGCUUGUUACCUGUAAACUGUUGAGAGUGGAUAUCUUUAUACACCACUUACAGUCUAACAGCACAAGAUUUAAAAAGUCUACUUAAAGCUAUUAUCAAGUACUGAACAAUAUCCAUGAAUAAAUAAUUGUUGAGUUUGCUGUUUGAAAA